AUUUUUAGAUAGUUAAAAAAGUAAUUACCAAGACUUUGGAGGGUUUACUAACAUAGACGCGUUUAAGGCACUACUACUUAUUCAGCGAUUUGCGUUGGGAAUGAAAUAACAAUUGGGCCUGCCAGGCCCAUAUACAGACAUCGUCAUCACUUACAAUCACAUCUCUUCCCCUCAGCCCAAUUAACAUAACCGGCUCCAACCCGACUCGAAACCUCAAACCGGAAAAAGCGAUUAUGGUCUCCGAUGUAAGCAACCGCUUGAAGCUCAACGUCGGCGGCGAAAUCUUCGAAACAACCUCAUCCACAAUCCAAUCAACCUGCCCAGACUCUCUCCUCGCUGCUCUCUCCUCCACCCCAACCUCCCAUGGAUCCAACCCCAUCUUCAUCGAUCGCGACCCUGAGAUCUUCUCAGUCAUCCUCAACCUCCUCCGAACCAAACGCCUCUCCUCCGCCGUCUUCUCCAAACAAGAGCUCCUCGACGAAGCUCUCUACUACGGCGUCGAGUCCCUCCUCCGAUCCGCGAUGUCACCUCCGCCGCUCCAAGCCUUCGACGCUUCCCUAACCUCCACAAUCACCCCGGCCACCGACGGAGUUCCCUCCGCGUUCACCGCGACCGCCGGAGACGCUUCUCUCUGGAUCGCGCACGGCGGAAUGAUCUCCGUCUACGAUUGGAGUCUCUCCCACGCCGUGACCGUACGGACGCAUCUCGCUGACGUCACUUCGAUCUGCCGCGUGUGGGACGAGGCGGCGGCGAUCGGAUCUGGAUCCGCGUCGGGGCUUCACUUCUACGAUCUCUCGAGCGGACGUUACCUCGGAUCCACGCAUUGGACGGAUCCGGAGGAUCCGAGGAUCCAUAAGUCGCGAGUCGCGGCCGUUACGGAUUCUCCACGUGGAGUGUUCGCUUCGUUCGAUUGCUUGCAUAGAGAGAAUAGCGUCCUCCAGAUCGAUAAGUCAACUCUCCAAGUAACCGCCGUGAUCGGUCAACAAUCAGGAAGCUCAGCUAAAAAUUCUGUACCUGAGAAGCUUCGGUGGGUCCCAGAUAACGGUCUUUUAAUCGGAUCCGCGGUCCAGCGCGGAGUAUUCGGAUGCUCCGGGUAUAUCCGGAUCUGGGACCCGAGAUCGAGGGACAUUGUGUGGGAGACGAGUGAGCCAGGUUCGGGACGAAGCAGUAGGUUCGGAGACGCGUUAGCUGACGUGGACGUGGACGUUGAGGAGUCGGUGAUCUACAAGGUGUGUUCUAAGUCGGGCGAUCUGGGAGUGGCAGAUCUUCGUAAAUUAGGGGAAGAUCCGUGGGUUUAUGUGUCAGACGAGAAUCCUGGCGCGUGGAGUGCAGACGAGGGGGGGAGAAGCAGAGGUUAUAGUGUUGUGCAUUGUUAUAGGAAGCAAGUGGUGGCAGCGAGAGGUGGUUCGUUGGAGGUUUGGUCGAGUGUUGAAGGGAAGGGGAGUGGUGGUUUGGUUCGGAGAAGGAACUUUGUGGAUAAGGGAGAGGAUUGUAAGAGAGGGGUGAUUUCGAGAGUUGAGGCUGGUGGUGAUAGGUUGUUUGUUUCUAGGGAAUGUAUGGAAGGUGUUGAGGUCUGGGAGAGUUCUAAUGCCUCUAGUGUGAUAAGUGUCGUGUAAGAACGAUGAUCAAGAUUCAAGCGGUUCUGUUUUUCCCGGGGAAAGUGUAAAAUUUUUCUUACUUUGUAGGAAAAUGUUUUGUUUCUUGGGAGAACACUUGAACAUAUUGUAAUGAAGAAGAACAAGAUUCAAACCUUAGUGUUGUAACACUCACCAGCUGUCUCUUCUGUUGUGAAUGGAUUCAGAUAGUUUUUGGCUUUGUAACAUUAUGGUUAUAGUUGAUAAGUGAUGAGAGAGACUAGGUUAGGUUAUAGUUGAGUGGGAAAAUUAAGUUCAAGAACAAUCAAGUGAAAUGCCUGAGGCUAAAGGUCAAACCCAUAGAAGCACUUGUGGUGGAACUGAUAGAAAGAAAAAAAAAUCUUCAUCAAUUCAUUGUAUCUAAUUGAUCUAUGGUCUCUAUCUAUGAUUGUUAAGAACAUCAGUUUUAGAUUUUAAAAGUCAAUAAACUGAACCAAUUAAAAUAUUAUGUUAGCAUUAUGAUCUUGUGCAUAUCUUUUAGUCUUGAGAGCAAGCUUCUAUUGUAUAGACACUACAUAGAGCUAAAGUUCAACU